AUGAUGCCUUUUUCGGGAGCUCAGGCGCCAGCCUCCUCUUUCCCGCCCGGUGCGCAGCCCCCGCCCGCCGCCUCCUCCUCCUCAUGGGAGGCAGCCGCAGCUGUGGCGGCCUCCGGAGCGCCGCAGUGGAACGGGCCCGUGGCGGGCUCGGCCGCGGCGGCGGCCACUGCAUCUGCAGGUGCAGUCACGGCUCCGAUCACGGCGUUUUCGCGGAGAUGUUUCCUGGAUUCGUUGAGCACUUUGGUAGGCCGGAAGUUGUUGCUGCUGGACGAGACCCUCGCAGGCCCGCUGUCGCUUCUGGUGGACACGACGACGCUGCAGCAGCACGGGGUCGACCGCUGCUAUCCUCUGCGAGCCUUUCCCGUCCCCGCGCGAUCGCUGGCUGCCGGAGCUGCGGCCGCCCCGUUUGUGGUUUUCGUCUGUCGGCCGCGACUCGCCCUUCUGCCUCUGAUUGUUCAGCAUAUCCACUUCAUUGAGAAGACGUACGAACCCACUCAGCCGCCCUCCCACUUAUCUGCGUCCUUCUCUUCUUACUCCUCCUUCCCGGCGCCGUCGGCCUUCUCGCCGUCGGGGCGACACUACUUUGUUCUCUUCGUCCCGUCCUCAUCCGACUUCCUUGCCAGCGAACUUCGGCGGCUGCUCUCCAACCCCCCGCCCGUGCCGUCCUCUCUGUCUGCCCCCGCGCCCUCUGACGCAGGCUCAUCCUCGUCUCUCAUCUCGAAUCUCAGCAAUCUGCCCGCGGCUCUCACCAACACGCUGAUGCUCAGCUCGUCGGGCGGGGCGGGCUCGUCGGCAUCCUCGUCGGCGGCGGCAUCCUCCUCUGCACUCCAGCUGAACCUCGACAGCACGACCGUGGCAGGGUGCCCGCUCUACUUCUUCCCGCUGGCCCCAGACGUGCUCUCGAUGGAGUUGCCGAACUCGUUCCGCGAUAUCCACAUCUCCGGCGACCCUUCGCCCUGUCUCUUCGCGGCGGCCUCUGUGCAGCUUCUCCAGCAGGAGCUCCAACAGAGCGCCGUUAUCCCCCAUCUCCGCUGCCUGGGCAGCGCAGCCAAGACGGUCGCCGAUCACCUCAUUCAACAACGAAAAGAGAAGCAGGCAGCUGCGCAGCAACAGGCGCUCUGGGGCGAGCCGGGGGGGCCUCCCGUCCCCACGGGCCUCGACGCUUGGGCCAACGGGGGAGGGCGUGGGGGGCAGGACGGUGGCCGCGGGCUCUUUGCUGGGGGCGAGGUCCACGGCUUCGGUCGUGAAAAGGAGGAUGAACACGACGAAAUUCACGCAGAGCUCGCCCCGGUUGCCCCGCCAGUUCGAUUCGUACUAAGCAAGGAGGACCUUGGUGCAGGCGCCGCCGACGCGGCUGAGGGCGGUCUCGGCGGCGCGGGCGCCACGCGAAUGCCGCCGGGAGGCGCCCCAGACGCCUCUGCAGCCUCAAAAGGCGCGGCGUCGUCUGCCGGCGGAAACGCAGAUCCUUCUUCUGUGAAACACGCAGAAUCCGCGCCGACGGGGCUCAGCGAGGCGAACUCGGGGGGCGACCCCCGGAUGGGGGCCCGAGCAGGCAGUGCAGACGCAAGCGCGGAGGCCGUGGGCGGCAGGCCCAAAGUCCACGGUGACGGCGAGUGGGUAGCGGGUAGUCCGCCGUCGGCGGGGCUCCGAGGCCCCCCCGAGACUGGGGGCGGCCUCACCGCGUGCGGGCCGACGAUGCCAAAGAUCGACAUGCUCGUUUUGGUUGACCGCCGCUCAGAUCUCAUCACGCCGUUGUGCUCGGCCUUCACGUAUGAGGCACUUUUGGACCUUGUGUUUGGCAUCGAUUCCGCCGCACUGGAAGUCCCUCGGCAGCUCCUCCAUCAGCAGUCAGCGAGCGGCGCCGGCGGGGUCAACGCGGGCGCGCCGGGCAAGAACGGCAUCCCAGUUUUGCUGCCUGGCGGGCGCCGCCAGAAGGUGCCUUUGUCCUCCGACGGGCUCUUUGCGACUUUGCGAGACCUGCACCAGUCAGCGGUCGGCGGGCACCUCCACCGGGUGGCGAACGAGAUUCAGCAGACUUACAAGGAGAAGGACAAGCUGCGCUCCAUUCAGGAGAUCUCGGUAUUCAUGAACAAGUUCAAAGUCAAGCAGCAGGAACACUCCUCGCUCUCUCUUCACGUCCGGCUGGCGUCGUUCCUCGCCUCCGUCACCAAGGAUCCCGCCUUCUUCAAGCGCCUCACACUCGAAGAUGAGCUGCUGCAGUCCGCUGGGAGUGGCGCGGCAGGCGCCGGCGGCUUCAGCGGAGGGACGCUGAGCGCCUCAGCCCUCACGCAGCUGGAAAACAUGAUCGACGCGACCGCUCCCUCAGGCGACCUCUGGUGGUCUGUGCCGGGCGCGUCUCCGUUUUUGGGCUCCCACGCGCCCGGAGGCGAGGACGCGCCGGGGAGCGGCGGCUCUGGCGGGGCCCCGGGGGCGGCGGGGCGCGGAGGCGGCGUGGGCGGCCUCGCAGUCCACCCCGCGAGGCCCGCGGCGGCCCCAUGCGUCGAGGAUGUGUAUCGGCUGCUCUGCCUCGCCUCAGUCGUCAACGGCGGCCUUAGGGGGAAGCAGCUGGAGACCCUCCGCCGCGGCUUGGUGCAGCAGCACGGGCUCAAGGAAGCCGCGCGCAUGGCUCGGCUCCAGAAGGUCGGCCUCCUCAGGCAGUCUGACGGAACAGGCGCCGGGGGAGGGGGGUCCAGCGGCUCCGGAGCCAGCAAGGGUGGCGGAAACGUCGUAGGAAGUUGGAAGACGCUGAAAAAAGAGUGCAACCUCAUGGUUGAGGAGGAGCAGUCCGCCGACGACAUCGCCUACGCCUGCUCGGGAUACGCGCCGCUGUCUGUCCGCCUGCUUCAGUUUUUGCAUGAGCAGCCGAACGGGUGGCGGUCGAUUCCGCACAUUCUGUCUCUCUUGUGGGGGCCGGCGAUGGAGGUGCGCCAGCAGCAGCCGGCGGCGGGGCCCCUGCAGGCUCAGCAGAGGCUUUUGGAGCUGCAGAGACUGCAGAAGAGCGAGCGGGCGCCUCCGGCGGACGGCGGAGACAGCUCGAACAUCAUGACUGUGAUGGUCAUGUAUCUUGGCGGCGUGACUUACGCCGAAAUCGCUGCGAUCCGCAAGCUGAACGAGCUCGAAGUCGUGAAGCACGAGCAGCAUCUGCAGCAGCAGGAGCUGGCUGCGCGGCAAGGCGCCGCGCCGCCGCCUGGAAAGCCCCCCACGCGACGCCGAUACAUCAUUGUGACGACGGAGAUCACCAACUACAAAAAGCUGCUCGCCAGCUGCGGAGAUGCGGCUGAAGAUCCGUGUGAACGCUUCCCCUGGCGGGCCGUCGACCCCAACUAG